AUGGGCCUUUGUAGCGUCGACGACCCCUGCGCAAGCCGAAUCUGUCGCCAUGGCGCUCCCCGAAAACGCUACAAGUACCGAUCCGGCACGGUAGCGUUACGCGAAGCCAUCGAUUUGCAGCUGUCAACGCAGUUGCUUAUUCGAAAAACCCCGUUCCAACGGCUCACCCGGGAGAUCGUGAACAGCGUCCACUACCCGCUUCGCAUAGCGAGCCGGGCGCUCGAAGCGUUCCAGGAAGCCUGUGAGACGCAUAUUACAAGCGUUUUCACAGAUGCUAAUGAGUUCGUUGCGCACGGCAAACGGAAGACACUCCAAAAGCGCGACAUUGAUCUCGCCCUCCGAUUGCGACGAGAGCGAUAA